UUGUGCUGAAGCAAUCUACAUGCUCUCUGGAUCUCUACCUGAGCCUACUUACAGGAACUCACCAAAAUCUAUUUCCUGCAACUUUUUGUUAUUUCUUAUGCUUGCUACAAAUACCUUUUUGUCUCCUCAGCAUUUACUUAAGCUUUUAGGCUUACAGCUCACAGAUUGUGCUUUUCAGAAUUCCUCUGCCCUGCCUGUCAGCAGCUCCUCUGCUAUACUCACAGCCUGCACUUCCUGUUUGGCGAUACUGGACUCCAGGUAACUGCUGCUUUUCCUCUAGCAGAAUCUUUCACCAGACCACAGGAUUAAAGUAACUUUGUAUUCGAGUUUUCACCAAUACUGUGGGGUCGCUGAUAAAUGUGGUCGAAUUUAUAGUUUUUCAUCACCCUUUAUGCAACUGCAAAUUAUGUACACCUGCUGCAGAACAGAACUUUGUAACCCACCAAGACCAACCGCGGGAAAUACUAACACUACCUUCAAUGGAGUUAUCUGUCCUGUUUGUUUGUCCUUGGGUGAUUCAUGUGAAGCAACAGAAACCAUGUCCUGCACAGGUCUACAGACAAAGUGUGUGAACUCAAUUUUAUCAUCAACAGUUAUAAGCGAUGACUUGGGAGUGACAACCCACAUGAGUGCUCGUGGCUGUGCGACACGAGAUAUUUGUGACUACUCUAUAUCAGCCUACAUGCAGAACAACACUCUUACCCAGCUGGAUGUAAUUUGUACACCAUAAUUAUUAAAAUAAUCAUUGAAAAUAA